UUGGCAGCACCCUGGCGUCUGAAAAAUAGCGCGAAAGGAAGUGAAAGGAGAAAAAGGAGCCAUUAUAUCCACAAAACGCAGACAUGGAUAUGAAGGAGGAGGUUUCGGGGGUGCCCAAGCGGGAGACGCGCUCCUUCCUGAUGGCCCGCGAUCCAUCCAUCGACCGCCGCUUCCGGCCGCGACCCAACAAAAAGAUGCGUCUGUUCGACAACAUUCAGGAGUCGGAGGAGGAGAGCUUCUCCGAGUACUCGGACACAGAAUCGGACUACAAAUACCAGACUACCGGAACGACGGAGGGAGCCUCGUGCGCCACCAGUACGGCGGACAGCAGCAGCGUGGAGUCGGGCCCGCAGGUCUUUAUGCGCGUGCGUCCCGUAAAGGAUGCCUCCAAGGCGUACAUCAUCUCCGAGGAUGCCAGUGUACUCAUCACCAGCUGCAAGAUGGAUUCCACCAGCAACAACGUCAACCGCAUGGAGAAACACUUUGGCUUCACCUCGAUCUUUGACAGCACCGUUGGGCAGCGGGACAUCUACAACGUCUGUGUGGGCCCCAAGAUCAUGGAGGAGGAGUGCGUGACCAUCAUGACGUACGGCACCUCGGGCUCCGGGAAAACCUAUACCUUGUUGGGGGACGAUGUUCGUGCUGGAAUCAUUCCGCGUGCUCUGGAGCACAUAUUCACCAUGUACAACGACACCAUCUUCCGGUCACCCAAGCUAAAGCUGAUCAACGGCUGCAUAGUCUUCCUGCAGGACGACGCCUCGCUGAAGGAGCUGCAGAUUAGGAAAAAGCUUCUGGACUUGUGCCCGGAUAUCGGUGCUCAUCACAAACGCCUGAAGCAGGUCAUUGAUGGGGAUCACACAUUCGAGACGAAGUCCUCCACCGACGUUUCCGUCUUGGUUUGGGUGUCCUUUGUUGAGAUCUACAACGAACUUGUGUACGAUUUGCUGGCCAUUCCGCCGAAGCAGGACAAGCUGGGCGAGGUGCCGCGGAAGAACCUGAAGAUUGUGGGCAACAAGGGCCAGGUGUUCAUCAAGGGGCUGACCAGUGUGUUUGUGACGAGCAGCGAGGAGGCGCUUCGCCUGCUCCGACUGGGCCAACAGCGCUCCACGUAUGCCUCCACCUCUGUGAACGCCAACUCCAGUCGGUCCCACUGUGUCUUCACUGUGGACAUACUAAAGUACAAUCGCUCAGGCAUCACCACCCAGAGUUCCUACAAGUUCUGCGACCUGGCGGGUUCAGAGCGGGUAAACAACACGGGAACCUCAGGCCUGCGCCUAAAGGAGGCCAAGAACAUCAACACCUCGCUGAUGGUGCUAGGCCGCUGCCUGGAUGCGGCAAGCACAGUGCAGAAGAAGAAGAACGCCGACAUUAUUCCUUACCGCGACUCCAAACUCACGAUGCUGCUGCAGGCGGCAUUGCUGGGUAAGGAGAAGUUGGCUAUGAUCGUGACGAUCACUCCGCUGGACAAAUACUACGAAGAGAACCUGAACGUCCUGAACUUUGCCUCCAUUGCGAAGAACAUCAUCUUCAAGGAACCCGUGGUCAAGCAGCAUCGCGUCAGCUUCUGCGGCUUCAUGGAAUUUUCAAAGAUGUCCACUUAUGAAGGCGGCGACGAGUAUACCAAGGAGUUGGAGGACGAGAAUGUUCGCCUACGGUUGGAGAUUGAACAGCUGCGCUACGAUCAUGUCCUUCAAAUGCAACUGCUGGAGGAGAAACUGCGGGGUGAACUCACUGCCACUUACCAGGAGAUAAUCCAAAACAACAAGAAGCAAUAUGAAGAUGAGUGCGAGAAGAAGCUACUGAUUGCUCAGAGGGAAUCGGACUUCAUGCUUUCAUCUCAGAAAAGGCGGUUUGAAGAGCAAAUAGAAGACCUCAAGGAUGAGAUAGAGGAACUUAAAAAUCCCACAGGCGACUCGGACAGUUCCGAUGACGCUGAAGAUUCCAAGUCUCCCAUUGAAAUCAUCGAUGAUGAUUAGUUUCUUUAUUGUACAAUGGUUAAUUGUUAAGUGUUAAGUGAUUUUUUAAUUUAUGUUUCAAAUCGGAUGUGUUGUGGAGUUUUCCGAGUUAUCCAAUAAAUGUGUGAAUGAAUAGAGAA